AAAUAUCCAACGGAAGUACCAAAUGCAUGCUUCGAUAGACCUGGAUGCUGAAGGGAACAAACCUGACUAGUGGGAGCCUUCCUGCAGAAAAGAAAGACCUAUUUUAAGUCCUUAUACUAGAAAUUAUUUAUCAGUAUGAUCAUUGCAGACAGCAAUUGAGAGUUUAGAGGAGUUCAGUACCUAACAUGGAGGGUACCUUGUUGAAAUCCCAAAAUGGCUAAAGCUUCUGGAAAGACUGCUGCAGAUUGCCGUCAAGAGGGGGAUGUUGUAGGAGCGGCUGUUCUUCAAAAUUACGAUGACAUAUUAAGAUCCUGUAAUGCUUUGGAUUACCAUGACUUAAUUUGCUGUUCAGUGAAGCUGCUCAGCGAUUUUCCUGGAGUAUUUAAGAAGUGCCAGGAGUCAUGGAAAGCAAUUGUGAUAGACGAAUUUCAAGACACAAGUGCCAUUCAAUAUGGUCUGCUGCAGCUUCUUUCAUCUCAUAAACGUAUUACCAUUGUUGGUGAUGAAGAUCAGGUGUAUUUUUAUGUUUCUUAA